UCCGAGCGUCUGUCGGCAGCACGAUGUUGGAGCGGGCGGACGGAGGCGUCCUGCAGCUGGUGGCGGUGUCGGUGGCGGCGGCCGGCUGGCUGAGCGCUUUGGCCGCCACCCUGAUGUCCUCGUGGCUCACGCUGUCCACCGAGCUGCUGCCCAGCGAGUCCUACCAGCUGGGCCUGUGGGAGACCUGCGUGGUCCAGGACCUGGGGCUGCUGGAGUGCCGGCCCUACGACGGCCUGCUGGGCCUGCCGCCCGACAUCAAGCUGGCCCGUGUCCUGAUGUGCGGCUCUCUGGGCACUGGGCUGCUGGCCGUCCUGCUGGCCGUCCCCGGCCUCAGCCUGGUCAAUGGCUGCCGGGGCCACGCCGGCCGGAAGACGGCCCUGAGGGCGGCGGGCGGCGUCCUGGUCCUGGCGGCCGGCGUGCUGGGCCUGGUCCCGGCAUCCUACGUGGCCCACCUCACCGUGCUGCGCUUCUUCGACCCGUCGCUGCCCGACCUGGUUCCUCGCUGGGAGUUCGGAGACGCGCUGUUCUGCGGCUGGACGGGCGGCGUCCUGCAGCUGGUGGCCGGAGCGCUGCUGCUAGCGUCCUGCAUGCGGCGCUGCAGCGGCCACGCCCACCGGCCACCUAUCGCCAUGACAACCAGGAGCCAUGCCAGCAGGACGGAAUACGUCUGAGGGGUAGCGGGACACCGGAAAAUGACAAAAAAGCAGCAGUGGACACUGAAAAACAACCAAAAAACACCAGUGAAUGCUGAAAAACACUGAAAAACACUGAGAAACACUGCUUCCAUCCAAACGAAGACGGUCACCACAACGACCAAGAGCCACGGCAGCAGGACGGAGUACGUCUGAGGGGCAGCGGGAUGCCAGAAAAUGACAAAAAACGCAGAGAAACACCAAAAAAAAAUUCCAGUGAAUGCCGGAAAACACAGAGGAACGCCGUUUCGAUGUUUACGAAAAUGGAGUUUAUUGGAAAAACAUCGUUUAUGUUUUUACGUAAACGGCGUGUUUACCUAAACGCCGCUUCCCGUAAACACCGUUUACAUAAACAUCGCUUCUGGAAACGUCGUUUACGUAAAAAUGCCGUUUACGUUUUUACUUAAAUGGCCAGUUUACGUAAACGGCGCUUCCAUCCAAACGAAGACGAUUCUGUGAACCAAUGUUUCCAUGAACUCUCAGGACGAACUGAAGAUGAACUGAGUUCGGUUUCUGUUAAACUUUCCUGAUUAAACCUCCUGUUGUCUUCAUUUACUGGCACCAAAAAAACCAUUGUUUCCUCGUGUGAAAAAAGUCCAAAAAUUCAGAAAAAAAAAUCCCCAGAUUUGGCAAGAAAAUUCUUGUAAAUAUUUUCAAAAAUUAGUAAGACUUUCCUCCAAAAAUCCUAAAAAUAUCUAAAAUGAUUGCAUAUAUGUCAGGAAAACAUCUAAUGUUUUCUUUAAGAACAUUAACAGAAAUUUUUUUUGUGAAUGUUCUUAAAGAAACAUUUUUAACAUUUCUUUUUUCCACCAAAAAAUGUUCAACAAUUUCCUAAAAAUUUUGAAAAUAUGGACAUAAAAUUAUUUUUUUUCCACAUUUUAAAACUUUAAACACAGAAAAUAACCUCAGUUCUGCUCUUUGCUGUCACAUUUUAAUAGAAAAUCCUUUUGUUUAUUAAAAAAAACGUCAAAAAUCUGGAUUUUAUAAAAACUCAUUUCUUCUUCUUUGACCAUAAAAUUACAGUUUUUAAUGACAUUUAAAUUAAAAAUCGAUGAAACAUAUUCUUCCCUCAUUUGGAUCAGUAAUUAUUUAAACUCAUAUUUUACUUUUUAUUGUUAAACUGAAUGUUUUAAACAAGAAUUUGUGUAAAAUUCUUUUUUUGUGAAUUUAAAUGCUUAUUUUACUUUUUUUGGCACCUUUUUCAUGUUUUUAUUUUUAAUGUUUGAACCAUCUGAGGUUUUGUGGAUCUAAACUUUAUUAGAUUUCAGGUUUUUAAGACAGAAAUCUUCUUCCAGUUGAACAUGAAGAUAAAAGAUUUAAAUAUUCAGACGUCUUUUUAAAGAUCUUUAAAGUUUUAUUUUAGCUGCUUCUGUGUUUGAACUUCUCUUUUAAUCAUCGACGACAUGAAAAAAUUAUUUGAUCCAGAAAAAGUCAAGUGGAGGAAAAGUUUUUGUUUUUCAAUCAGCUUUUAUUUGUGAAGCCAAAGAGCGAAGCUGCUGUUUCCUGUUCAUGUUUUAAUUACUUCCUGUUGAGCUGCUUCUGAAUCUAAAACAUUUUAAUCCGUUUUUUUGUUUUUUCUGGAACAAACUGAAGCUUUCUGGAUUUUUUGAUGAAUGUUUGUGAAGCUGCUGUUUGUUGAAAUCACUGUUUGUUCAAUCAGAUUGAUUAUUGAUUAUUGAUUAUCAGAGGUCUGAAUGUGAUCAGCAGGGAAACGUCAAAUAAAGAGAAUUCUACUGUU